UCCUAAUUUGCUAUCUAGAAGUAGACUGAUCUUUACCAAUUACCCACUCCCCAUUCUAUCUUCAUAUAUAUAUAUUUUUUUUUGAUAAAACUUCCGUCUUCAUAUCCAAAUAUUCACAUUAAUGGAAAAGGCGAACCAUGGCCGGGAGUUCCUUGCUGGGUGUGAUUCAGUCAGCUACGAUCAUAUGAAAGAAAUGAAAGCAUUCGAUGAUACAAAAGCUGGUGUCAAAGGAGUAGUUGAUGCUGGAGCACUCUCGAGAAUUCCAAGGAUAUUUGUUCGACCCCAAGAUGAGCUUGCUAAUGAUGAGAGAUUGUUCAUGCCUAGUAACGGUGAUUUUAGUGAGAAUGGCAAGUUUGAGACUCCAAUAAUAGACCUCAAAGGGGUUCUUCCAAUGAACAAAAUCAAUGAUGAUUAUGAUCAACAACGACAUAACGAGAUUGUCAAUGAAAUUCGACAUGCUUCAGAGACAUGGGGUUUCUUUCAAUUGAUUAACCAUGGGAUUCCUAUAACCGUGAUGGACGAAAUGAUGGAAGGUGUAAAAAGAUUUCAUGAACAAGAUGCAGAAGCUAAGAAGCCUCUAUACUCAAGAGAUCCAAACAAAAAGGUGGUCUAUUUUAACACUCAUUUUCAUUUUCAUAAAGCAAGAUAUGCUGAAUGGAAGGACAGCCUGGUAUGCCGAAUGCUCUCUCCAGAUCCUAUCGACCCUGAAGAUUUGCCGGACACAUCCAGUGAUAUUAUGCUUGAGUACACACAACAUCUUAUUUGUCUGGGGGAUAUUCUUAUCGAGUUACUAUCGGAGGGUCUAAGGCUCCAUCCUCAACACCUUAAAGGCUUAGAUUGUACCAAAAACUUGGUUAACAUUGGCCAUUACUAUCCAGCAUGCCCAGAGCCAGAACUAACUCUAGGUGGUGGUAAGCAUUCUGAUCCUACGUUUUUUACUAUCCUUCUCCAAGAUGACAUUGGUGGCCUUCAGUUCCUUCAUCAGGAUUACUGGGUUGGUGUCACCCCGGUGCCUGGAGCUCUAUUAGUAAACAUUGGUGAUUUACUGCAGGUGAUCAGCAAUGAAAGGUUUAAAAGCGCUGAACAUAGAGUUGUGGCGAAUUUUACAGGACCAAGAAUUUCAGUGGCAUCAUUUUUCAGUGGUUCCAAGACAUCCACAAAGCUGUAUGGUCCCCUUAAAGAACUUAGUUCUACUGAAAAUGAUGAUGUGGCUAAUUAUGAUCGACCAUUAUACAAAGAUAUCACUAUUAAAGAAUAUCUAGAGGUUUAUCAUUCUAAAGGGCUGAACGUGUUGAGCCACUUUAGGUUGUAAUACUCCAUAGUUCAUGUUUCAUUUCAGCCGAGUGUGGUGAUAUUGCAGUGAAUUGUUUUGUGUAAUAAUGGAUAAUAAUUCUGUAAGUUAUUUUCUUUUGUGACC